UAUUUUGUUCAAAACUCUGAUUUUAUUUCGAGCUAUGGUCGAUUUGUGUUUUCCCCCUUUUUCCCCGCUUCUUUAAUCAUCCCCUAGUCGCGAUCAACCGUGUUUUCUAUCCUUAGAAAAUGCGGUUGUGACAAUAUAAUCGCCAGAAAACAAGCUAAUUGUUAAUUUAGAAUGAAUUAAGAUAUCAAGCAAUAAAUUAAAUUACUACUCCAUGUUUUGGAUGGUGUAUUUGAUUUUAUAUAUAGAGUUUGGUGGAGUGCUCGUUGCCAGAAAGGAGAGGGUAAAUAUGUUACUCCUAGUAUAAAAUGAGCACAUAUUUUUCCCUUUUUAGCUACAAAUUAGUUAAGAUUAAUAUUCGAUUGCCUUACCAAAGUCUGCGAUUGGUGAAGUCAUUUGUCUACAGAUUACCAUAACUAAACGCCCUAAUAUAGUGGUAACUUUUAAACAAUUUUAAAUUGGAAAGUUACACAUUACAUAAGCACUAAAUUCAAGAUUUAAAUCAAGUACAACAUUAAAUUAUUGCUACAGACUCAAAUAAUUUUCAAGCCAAAUUGAUUCAUGUGGUUUAACGUAGAGAGUGGUGACCUAACCUACUACUAGUAUUAUUGAAUUGUAUUUUCAUAACCACAUAUGCAUUAAGAAGUUGAACUAACUCGAUCUUCCACCUCAUACAAAGCCUAUUUAAAUCCUCAAUGCAACCCAAACUUCAUAACUCAUCCAAGAAAUAGAAAAUCACUUGAACAAAAAAACCUUCUUGAUUCAGCUAUUGUCUCCUCAAGCAAUGGCAUUUCAUCGCCACCAUUCCCUUUUUCUCUUCUUGCUCAUCACUCUGUCAUCCAUAACUAACCAUGCAGAGGCACGCCGUCUCUCGGAGUCUCCUGUGCCUGAGGUUCCCAAGCCCGAUAUCCCAUCUAUACCCAAGCCAGAGAUACCUCCACUACCCAAGCCUGAGAUUCCAACAAUGCCAAAACCCGAGGUGCCGACUUUUCCAAAGCCCGAGGUACCAACACUACCAAAACCUGAGAUCCCAACUCUGCCAAAGCCUGAGUUUCCAACACUACCAAAACCUGAGAUCCCAACUUUGCCUAAGCCCGCGCUUCCAGCACUACCCAAGCCAGAGGUACCAACACUGCCAAAGCCAAAACUAGAAAAGGCUGAAUUACCAAAGCCUCCAAUGCCAGAGCUACCAAAGCUCAAAGAAUUGCCAAAAACUGAGAUCCCGGCUGUCCCUAAGCCUGAGGUACCAACAUUGCCAAAACCCGAGGUCCCAACUUCACCUAAGCCUGAGGUUCCAGCAGUGCCAAAACCUGAGGUACCUAAGCCUGAGGUUCCAGCAGUGCCGAAACCUGAGGUACCGACUUUGCCUAAACCCGAGAUCCCAACUUUGCCUAAGCCUGAGGUUCCAACAAUGCCAAAACCUGAGGUCCCGACUUUGCCUAAGCCUGAGGUUCCAACAAUGCCGAAACCCGAGGUCCCGACUUUGCCUAAGCCUGAGAUCCCGACUUUUCCAAAGCCCGAACUUCCAACACUACCCAAACCAGAGGUACCAACGUUGCCUAAGCCAGCACUGGAAAAAGCUGAGACGCCAAAGCCUACUCUACCUGAAAUACCAAAGCCUCAAAUGCCAGAAUUGCCAAAACCUACGGUGCCUGAGCUACCAAAGCUCCCAGAAUUGCCAAAACCCGAGGUCCCCACUGUCCCUAAGCCCGAGGUUCCAACAUUGCCAAAACCUGAGUUCCCAAGUUUGCCUAAGCCUGAGGUUCCAACAGUGCCAAAACCCGAGGUCCCGACUCUGCCUAAGCCAGAACUGCCAAAGUUGCCUGAACUUCCAAAGAUACCCGCCUAAACCAACUUUGCAAGAAGAAACCAAAUCCGGUUGAUUAGCAUCGACAUGCCAUCAGGAAUCAUGUUUUCUGAUAAUGUCCAUAUGGUGGAGGGAUGGAUAGCUCUAGAAUGACCGAUUUGUAAACUCGUUGAUGUAUGGUUUUAUUAUUGUUUGUAUGUUUUUGGUGUUUACAGUUUGUAAUUCUUUGUUAAUGUAUUUUCAUGAUUGAUUGAGGUUUACAGUUAUAUGUUU